AGAAUUGUGGUUCCUUUACUCCGGAUAUAUGUUUAUGACUUUAAUUUAUCCUCUAAAGAAUGGAACCUGGUAGAAUAGGAAAGUUAGAAUCGGGUAGAAAGGACAGUUUCUCGUUACAAUGCCAAACUGAAGCGUUUUCUGCCAGACGGGAAUCGAUAUUUGGAAAUUUACCGGUUGUAGAGCUCGCCCAAAAAGAAGUAUACGCAUUGCCUUCGUCGGCAGCUUGCAACAGCCUAACAGAAGAAGAGGCUUCAAUAAAUGAUGAUGUGACAUCAUAUAAGGGAGAAGAAAGUAUGUUCAAAAGGCCCAUGCCAAAACUAAAAAAGUCAUCUCAUGCACCAAGACGUUAUCAAUAUCUUAACAAAACAAAUACUCCUGAUCACAAAAGAAACCCACAUAAAUGGGUGAAGUACAGUUUGGCCACAACCUCUGAUGUCACUGAUAAGUCAAACACUGCAGCUGCUCUUUCAUUCCUCAAAGACUUGGAAAAAAGAAAACACAGUCUUGAAGAUGAAAUUCCAGAACCUGUGGAUACUGGGAAGAUUGUGUUCAAGAAGCCCAGAACUUGUGAAAGAACUUGUGACAGAAGGGCAGAAAAAAGUAAAACAUACAGAGAUGGGAAAUUGUGUAUGCCAGCUUUUGAAUUUGGAUUCAAAAGAGCAAAAGAAACCAAGAAAGAAAAAAAAGUGAAAGGGGAAAAUUCAUCACAGAAAGCAAAAGUUCAAAGUUGUCUCAGCCAUCUAGAAGAAGAAGGUGAUGACAAUGAUAAUGAUGAUAAUAACAGUGAUGAAAAAAAAGUAUAGCUAUUGGAGAUUGUAUUGUGACUAUUCUGGAAAGAGUUUUACUGUGGAUUGAGAUCUACGACAUGCCCCACAAUUUUGUGAGUUCUGCUUCUUUGAUGAAGAUAAGCCGCAGUAUAUAGUAUUGCGGAUUGUAUCGUGAUCUAGUAAUUACCAGGAAACGAAAUAUUACUCUCCUAGAAAAUAAAACCUUGUUUUUUAAAUGUAACAUUGGUACUAGUAAAGUUCAAGAAGAAAACGAUUGCGUGUAUUAUUCCCAUGUCUCUUUAUGUAGACACGAGAUAUUAUCGUUUGAG